AUGAUUGAAGUCGGUCAAGUCCUUUACCAUCUAUCGAAGAAUAAUUCAAAGCCAUUGGAUAAAUAUCAGUUAGAAAAAUACAAAGACAAGGAGUUUGUGCAGGCGCAAUUCGAUGAAAUCAUAAGAGAAGUUCCAGCAUUUAGAAAGAUAUUUCACGUGUUUGUUGAUGAGCGUGAUCGUUGCCUUGCGUAUUCUUUACAGGAAUGUGUUCGUUCUGUUGAAAAUCCCCGUGUAUUGGCUGUUGUUGGUAUGGGACAUGUGAAUGGUAUCGCAAAAUACUAUGGAAAAAUGAAGCAAGAAGACAUUGUACCGUUAUUAUUG